AGGGAGUUGGAGUACCAAAAUUUCAACAAAUACGAAAAAAAAGCGGUCAAACAUAAGACUGACCGACCUAGAAUUACUUAACUUUCACGCGAAACGCUUAAAAUAAUUCGAAACCUCCCUGAUGUUACGCGAACUUCUUCAACGUGUCAUCAGAAUAUUAGUUUCUGACUAAUUCGCUCCCAUGUCGCUCAAACGUCAGAAAUAAUCUAUCUUUUGGAAAGGUUACGUGUGACUAGUGUAAAAUGCGUUGAGUGACAACAGCUGCAAAGGAGACGACCGUGUGAACUCAAUGCAUCAUGGGACAUUUAUUUCAGUGUACUCACAGCUUAAAAAAAUUACGGUCUAAAUUUUGAAAUCCACAUAAUUAUGAUUUUGAUGACAGCUGUUUCUUAAUUUAAUUUACAGCCUCGUUCUCGUCGAGGUCCUGUCCAAGGUCAGCUAUGUUUACUUUUAUUUCUAUAAAGACUUCAGUCUACGGAUGUUCUAGCGGAGUUAUACCACGUAGAUUAUUAACAGUCCGCGCCCUUGUUUUUUGUUGAAUCAGAACUUCUUUUAAAAAAAUUCCGAUUGAGUUUUAUCUAAAUAUUCCAUUGACUAAAAUAAAUCAGCUUCUACAUAAACUCAAAUUAAGCUGAGCCGUAAAGCAUCUGAAAAUGAAGAAAAUGCGUUUUAACGAACUAAUUCAAAUUGAAAGUCACUCUGUUUAGCAAUACUCCUCCCAGGUCUCGUCCUGUUUGAUUUUUGCCAUUGUUCGUGGCCCUGUUAGGGGCAUCGAUCUGUGAUCUGUUACUUAACAUUCACAUGUAAAUAGGGAAUCCGUUUGUUAAUGUUUGCACUUUUUGAUCAUGGUGCAGGUUUUACGGCUAAUUUUACCAAUCUUGGAGCCAGCGGUCGCCUUGGUCCUUCAUCGAUCGGUGAUCUUUACAGAGGCCAGGGUCACGAUGGUCAUGUGACACUUGUGGCGGGGAUCCAGCAUUGGCGUUUACCGUGCACCACCCGGUACAAAAUAGAAGCAGUUGGCGCCACAGGUGGCUACGAUUCAGUAAACUCCGGAAAAUAUCGCGGUUUGGGAGCGCGCAUAAUCGGCACUUUUCAAUUGACAACAGACGAGACACUCAAAAUCCUGGUUGGCCAAGAAGGGGGUAUCAAUAUCUACACAUCUUCUGGAGGGGGAGGUGGUAGUUUCGUGGUACGUUCAGACAACACCCCCCUGAUUAUAGCCGGGGGAGGUGGAGGGAGGGAGUCACCGCAGUCCUCAAGAACUCAAUGUCACGCCACCACAAGCACAUCCGGAAAUCAAGGAUAUUCCAGUUCAGUCGUGUGGUCUGGAGGAAGUAACGGUAAUGGAGCAAACACCGCUGAUAAUGGAAACUCAGGUACACUUGAGAAUCCAUCGAUAAGUUCAAUCUAAAAAUGAUUUGACGGAAUGUAAAUUUGUUGAAACGGUUUUUUAUGGUAACAUCUACACUUCAUCGCUUUCGCAUAAAUAAAUUGCGCCUUUUCAUUUCAGGUGCAGCGACAGUAAAAGUGGAAUUAUUAAAAAAAAUUAAAAUAUUAAUAGCAAGCAAAAGAGUUGUUUUAUAGAUUCUUUUCUUGAGGUGUCUUUUUUGUUUAGCUAGCAGCAGCCUAAGAUGAAGUUUGUGACUAAACAGAUUUAAUCUUCAUAAAAAAAAGUAGGCUGUUUCUGCGACACAAGUGCCAUGAGGUAUCAUUAUCCUACCUUUACUAAACGACAGACACUGUCGUGGCUGAGAGCAUGGUGAUAUCACAUUCGUAAUUUAUUCAAAUCCCGACCAUGCCUUCCUUCUAAGGCAGGAUAAUUAUCUGAUAAUCACGCCAAGUGUCAACAGGAGAGGCGGACAUAGGCUGAACUGCAGGCGUCUGAUUAGGGCGAGUUAAACAACUCACGAUUUUUCAUUCGACCAGCCAUGUUUGAUUUAGAGUAAGAGUCGGGGGAGGGGGCGGGGAAAGGCGAGAAGUAGUAUUCAUUGCCCUAACCCCUUCCCUCGCCUUCCUUUCGUCUGUCGCUCGCUCCCUCGGUAAAAAUUUUAUUUCUCUCCCCAGCCUUCAAAAUUACGCCUGCUCUGCAUACUAAAGCAAGCAUAGUGUGGUAGGCUGAUGAUCUUUGUCAUUUUCAGUGUCCAAUACAACCACAACACAACAUAACGACAAAACGUGAACUUUGUUGUUAAUUACGAGGUUUCUCGAUGUUUUUCCCUAGGGGGAGGAGGUGGAGGAUUUUUUACCAGCGGCCGAAGCUCAGCUAACUUUGGUGGAAGCUACGGAACUGGAGGAGAGGGUGGUAAAGGAUUCCUUCAGGGUGGAGAGGGAGGUCGAGCAAUGAGCAAUAAUGCCCAUGGGGGUUUCGGUGGGGGAGGAGGAGCGUAUGGAAAUGGAGGAGGUGCUGGAGGCGGAGGCGGCUACUCAGGGGGUGCUAGUGGGGAUAACAUCCAAGAUUCCUGUGGAGGUGGAGGUGGUUCAUACAACUCUGGUGAUGAGCAAAGUAACUAUUGCUGUUUUAACGACAAGGGACAUGGAUUUGUGUUUGUCACGUGGUCUUGCUAAGGAAGCUUUUCAGGGGAGCGGCCACCAAGCGUUGAGGAAGUCUCGAGCGAGUUUUUUCCAAUUUUAUAGUGUGAGAGCACACUCAAGAGAGUAAUAAAUAACUUUGAACUUUUAAAGAUUUCUGUCCCAGCCUACCAGCUCCUUUUAGGAAUGAAAAUUUAUUUGGGAAAUUUGUAAAAUUUCACUUAAUUAAAG